UUUUCCUGAACGAUUAUUAAAUGACCAUUGAAACUCUCGUGAAAAUGAAGUGUGCACCCUCUUUUCUCAAGAGUGUGAAUCCCCCCAUCUCAAAAGCUGCAUCCGCCCUUGUGAUUUAUUUGUUAACCCGGCUUAGUAAUGGUAAUUUUACUAACUCCUAUUUCGGAAAAGAACAUAUCCGUCCUUUAAAUGUUUCCAGAAGAGUUACGUCCCUUGGUAUGUUCCGGUUUAAAAUGAAGAAAAAUGUCUCAUGAAUCGGUGAUGUUUGUUUUUCUUUAAAUUUGUGUGACUGUUUUCAUAUGGAACCGUGUGACCAAGGACUAAUUGUACCUAAUUUCAAUUAAAUUGAUAUGCACAGGCAAAAAUUUGCAUUACUCAUAUCUUGAGAAAUAUAUUAUCAUACAACGGUGGAACCUCUAGAUCUUUCGCCAUUGUGACAAUCUGACAUUGUACCAGUGGUGCUCUAACCAUGCUGGAGUGGAUAUAUGAAACAGUCUGUGAAAAUAUAUGGGUGUUAUCUAUAACAUGCGUAUGCUUCUUGCUAUCGAAGUUCUACUUUAAAACAAGACUCAUAGAAAUACAGGAUAAUAUUAAAAACAAUUCUGGAGCCAACGAUGAUAGUUUUGAAAAGUGCCAUUCACCCUCUUGUGUCAGGUGCCGAACUCAUAAGGAGAUUUUGGUGCGUGCAAGAACCCGACUGUCAUAUCAGGCAUAUACUGGUAAACCAAAAGCCGAAGAUAGAGAUAGUAACAUACUAAAGAUUUGCACAGACAUCGAAAACAGUUUGCAUCAACGAUUUACCCAAGUCGAAGGUGAAGACCAGAAACCUGGUGUUUUCAAGAUGUCUGGCUUGGAGGCCAAGCCAUGGUGGGAUGAACACGAAAUUGAAGACUUCCAUGGUCUGCAGUUCAGUGAAAAAGUUUUGGAUGAUAUUAAAGCUGAGUUUUUUGAGUUGAUGAAGAAGUCAAACACAGAAGACACUGUGCAAUCAUUAUGGAAGGUGAAUUCUACUCCAGAUGGCAUGUGGUCUAUUUGUCACCUGAUGGAUCAAGGCAGACCAACAAAAGCAAUAGAACAAUGCCCUAAAACAUGGAAUGCAGUUCAUAAACUGUCACACCUAUUAUUGAAGAACAAUCUGUUUGGAAAUGUUGCGUUUUCUGUGAUUGUUCCUGGAACUGUUAUCACCCCUCAUUAUGGACCCACCAAUAUAAGACUUCGGUGCCACAUAGAUAACAAUUCCUUCUCUCACUCUGUAAUUCACAAAGGAUCGAGGGAAGAAGGAAUACGAGCUGUCUUAAUGAUUGACAUCUGGCAUCCUCAUAUUGAUGAUGAACUAAAACAUGUGCUCAACUACAUAUUUUCAUCAGAUCUCUGAUUCAAAGGUUCUUGAUAUUUCAUGGAUUCCAUCAACAUGGAUCAAGAGGGAUGUAACAAAAGGACAAAUAAUUUCAACAGCAAUAUUAUAAAGUGAAACAUAGUUCAGAAAACCCACUAAUUUUCUUAUAUCUAAUGCAAUUUUUCUUUUUCACCACAGUAAUCGUCACAAUAUAUUAUUCUUCAAAGUUAAAAAACAAAUGUUUUAUGAUGAUAUACUUUAUCCAAUACACAAAAACUUUAAAUGUUUCCCAUGAUGUAUUUGCACAACUUUUCCACAGCAUGUUUUGAAAUAUUUUUACAAAAUGUUAAGUGAAAUGUUUUUUAUCUGAUGAAUUGCAACUGUUCAUGUUGAUCAUAUUUAUUAGACUUGAUAGAUGUGUAGUUCCUUAAUUAUUUUUUACCUUUAAUGGACUUCACUUGAGUGAUUAGGGGGGUUGGCAUAGCCUAGUGGUUAGGGUGUUCGCUCGUCACGCCGAAGACCCGUGUUCGAUUCCCCACAUGGGCACAUUGUGUGAAGCCCGUUUCUGGUGUCCCCUGCCAUGAUAUUGCUGGAAUAUUGCUAAAAGUGGCAUCAAACUAAACUCACUCACUACUUGAGUGAUUGUUAAUCCAGUUGUUAGUUCAGUAUUUGUAUUAUUUUGUAUUUUGUUUUAUUGUGUUUACCAUUGUAUUUUCAGCAAUGGCAUUUAACUUAACCAAUUUGGCUUUUAACACAUGAAUUAGGAACUCUUUUCCUAAUCUGUUUACACAGAUAUUUAAGGGUUGAAAUCUAUCAAUGAAAUCAAUGUUGUGCCCAAACCUAAAAAUCACACUUCUUAGCAUGACUUUAUGAAGUUACAGUUAAGCCCUGUUUUCUGAAACAGAAAUGUGUUUAAUCCAUGGUUGUGUCAAACUCAUAGUCCAGACCUUGCAAAUUCUUACUGCUUUCAUUCCUUGUUUGAGAGACAUUUUGAAGUCGAACAAUGGAUGAACAACUUCUUUAUUACAUUGAGAGCCAUGUUUCGGUGAAGGUUUCGAUGUCAUCACUUGCUUGACAAUAGUGUUAGAACCUUUACUGAAAUGUUGCUCUCCCUGUAAUAUAGAAGUUGUUUAUGCGUAUAUUGUUAUCCUUCCUUAGUGCAUUCAUUCCAAUUGUUCAGCUCCUGUUGGUCUCAAACUCAAUUUGUAGCCUCAAAAUUUAAGAAUGAGUUGAAACUUACCCUUUAAAUGUGAACCCAAACUUGAUAAUCCAGUCAUUUGCAGAAAGAACAUUUAGAUGCAUGAUAUUAAAUGUACAAUUCUGUUUCUAUUUCUUAUGUAAAUUAUAUUUUCAUAACAUGCCUGAUGUGGCAGGUUAUUGCAAAAAGGAAUUUCCACGUGAACUGUCUGUAUUUCAUAUGUAAUGCAGGGGUGGAAAUAACUUUAAAAUUGCUAGUGUACACCGGAACAGUGGCACAUGUAAAAUCACUUGCCCUGAUAAUUAUUCCUCUAUACCGGCCGAUUUUCUUGUUGAUUUUUUAA